AUUGAUCCAAGUCUCCCAUCUCCAUCUGUAAAUAUCAUGUAAGUAGACGCAUAUUCAUUUUUCAAUUCCUGCAUUUAUACAACCCACCUGCCUAAUCAAACAAACUGAACCUUGAUGAAGUUAGCGAGCGGUUCAUCUCAGUUCAAGGCAUGCUUAUAAUCGGGUUAACUGGGUCCAUUGCGACCGGCAAAUCCACAGUAUCAUCGCUGCUCUCAUCGGCGCCUCACUCAUUGCCCAUUGUCGACGCAGAUGUGCUGGCCCGUGAAGUUGUCGAGCCCGGCACAAGGGGCUAUCGUGCCAUCGUCAAGCACUUUGGCCCCAUGGCACCAGACCUGCUCCUCCCGGCGUCAGACACCAUGCCAGAAAAUGGACCUGACGGCAAUGGCCGGCCACUGAACCGGGCUGUCUUGGGACGACUUGUCUUUGGCGACGAGCCCCAGAUGCAGAAGAACAGGGCGGUGCUCUCAAGCAUUGUGCACCCGGCUGUGCGGUUGGGCAUGGUCAAGAUGGUAACGGCCUGCUACUUGAAGGGACACUGGGCUGUGGUGCUCGAUGUCCCGCUGCUAUUUGAAAGCAAGCUGGAUAAGUUCUGCGGAGCGACAAUGGUGGUUGCCGUCACAGAGCCGGAGACACAGCUCAAGAGACUGAUGGAUAGAAACCCAGACCUGAGCAGAGAAGAUGCGGAAAACAGGGUCAAGAGCCAGAUGGAUGUACGGGUAAAGGCAAAGAGAUGUUUAUCCGCGGGAGAAGGGAAGGGAGUCGUACUGUGGAACGAUGGGUCAAGGGACGAAUUAAAGACCCAGCUGGAUGAGGAGCUACGCAAGCUCAAGGCAGCAAACCCAGAGUGGUGGUCGUGGCUGAUGCUGGGAUGCCCGCCGUUGGCAGUGGCGCUGGCAUCAUGGAGGUUUUGGCAGAACAUACAAGCUGAGAAGAGGUGGAGAGAGGCGCAGGAAAAGGAGCGUGGUGAUUGAUAUUUCUUUAAUAAGUCCUGAUGCAAUCGAAUAUCUAAGCGAUUUUUUACGAAGGCUACAUUACAUCCUAUUCAAAUGUAGUUUGAUCUUGAGAUUAACGACAACCACGGCUUGCAUUAUUGUUUACACAAAAUCAGCGUAGCUGAUAAGUCUAUUGUGAAAUGCAUAAAGU